AUGAAAAAUAACAAACAUUUUAUUUAAACAAAGCUGAAUCUUAAUCUAAGCAAAGAAUACAUUAAAACUAUAAAAGGAUAUUUGAACAGUAAAUAAUCCAUUAAUAACAAAUUGAAUAUAGAAUAAUUACAUAUGUUUUAUAAGACAUUUAAUAAUGCUGAUGUAUUAAUGUUGAAUAAUUAAUUAUUAAGUUACUCCACUAAUAAAUUCAGCUGCAUUCAUAAAGCACUCAGAGAAGAAUUAAAAGAUCAAUUUAAUACAUACUGAAUAUAAUUUUGACCAAUUUUUUGCAAAAAUUAUUAAAAAUAAAGAAACAAAUCCAAAUUAUUAUACAAAAUUUCUAAAAAUGAAAGAAUCUUCAAAAUAUUUUUAAGAUACUAAAUAAAAAGAUUUGGUUCGUACAUUAAGUAAUGAAGAAAUGUAAUAAAUAUUAUCAAAUUUUAUAACAGCUUAUGUUAUCAGAAAUGCCUAGAUUGGAUAUUGUUAAGAAUUUAAUUAUAUUGUUUAUUACUUAUUAUUAAAGUAAUAGUAUUCAGAAGAAGUAUUAAUUAAAUUAAAACAAUAAUUUCUAUAAAUAGAAAAACCUCAUUAGAUAGAACAUUUAAAAAAUACAUCUGUAGAAACUAGUUUGCUUACAAUUUAAUGGUUGGUUUUUUAUUUUAAAUAAAUAUUAGUUUAGUAUAAUAAUAAAAGCCAACUCAUUUGA